AUGUUGACUUGCGUCCUUGGUGGAGAUGGCUGCAUCAGCAGCAGCGGGUAUCCCUCCAGCAACUACCCGGACAACGAUGCAUGCACAAUCUCCGUAGAUUCGGGCAACACGCGGCUCAUCGAAGUGGUCGCGUUCAGCACGGAGAACGGCUAUGACAAGUUGUGGGUGAAUGGCAUCGCGUACGAUGGCACCAGCACUAGCGACGGGCCGGCGGGCAUUGUUCCCACACAGGAUAUCGUUUGGGAUUCCGACGGAUCGACCACAAAAUCUGGCUGGAAGAUUUGCUUGGCGGAGGACCCAGGAUGGAGCGUCGCGAGUGGGACUUGCGUCCUUGGUGGAGAUGGCUGCAUCAGCAGCAGCGGGUAUCCCUCCAGCAACUACCCGGACAACGAUGCAUGCACAAUUUCCAUAGAUUCGGGCAACACGCGGCUCAUCGACGUGGUCGCGUUCAGCACGGAGAACAACUAUGACAAGUUGUGGGUGAAUGGCAUCGCGUACGAUGGCACCAGCACUAGCGACGGGCCGGCGGGCAUUGUUCCCACACAGGAUAUCGUUUGGGAUUCCGACGGAUCGACCACAAAAUCUGGCUGGAAGAUUUGCUUGGCGGAGGACCCAGGAUGGAGCGUCGCGAGUGGGACUUGCGUCCUUGGUGGAGAUGGCUGCAUCAGCAGCAGCGGGUAUCCCUCCAGCAACUACCCGGACAACGAUGCAUGCACAAUUUCCAUAGAUUCGGGCAACACGCGGCUCAUCGACGUGGUCGCGUUCAGCACGGAGAACAACUAUGACAAGUUGUGGGUGAAUGGCAUCGCAUACGAUGGCACCAGCACUAGCGACGGGCCGGCGGGCAUUGUUCCCACACAGGAUAUCGUUUGGGAUUCCGAUGGAUCGACCACAAAAUCUGGCUGGAAGAUUUGCUUGGUGGAGGUUGCUACAAGCAGCACGGCGACAACGACGGCGACAUGGAUGUCGACGACGACGCUGACGACACUGACACCGACAACUACAGCGACCCUUGCAGAGGACCCAGGAUGGAGCGUCGCAAGUGGGACUUGCGUCCUGGGCGGAGAUGGCUGCAUCAGCAGCAGCGGGUAUCCCUCCAGCAACUACCCGGACAACGAUGCAUGCACAAUUUCCGUAGAUUCGAGCAACACGCGGCUCAUCGACGUGGUCGCGUUCAGCACAGAGAACAACUAUGACAAGUUGUGGGUGAAUGGCAUCGCAUACGAUGGCACCAGCACUAGCGACGGGCCGGCGGGCAUUGUUCCCACACAGGAUAUCGUUUGGGAUUCCGACGGAUCGACCACAAAAUCUGGCUGGAAAAUUUGCUUGGCGGAGGACCCAGGAUGGAGCGUCGCAAGUGGGACUUGCGUCCUGGGCGGAGAUGGCUGCAUCAGCAGCAGCGGGUAUCCCUCCAGCAACUACCCGGACAACGAUGCAUGCACAAUUUCCGUAGAUUCGAGCAACACGCGGCUCAUCGACGUGGUCGCGUUCAGCACAGAGAACAACUAUGACAAGUUGUGGGUGAAUGGCAUCGCAUACGAUGGCACCAGCACUAGCGACGGGCCGGCGGGCAUUGUUCCCACACAGGAUAUCGUUUGGGAUUCCGAUGGAUCGACCACAAAAUCUGGCUGGAAGAUUUGCUUGGUGGAGGUUGCUACAAGCAGCACGGCGACAACGACGGCGACAUGGAUGUCGACGACGACGCUGACGACACUGACACCGACAACUACAGCGACCCUUGCAGAGGACCCAGGAUGGAGCGUCGCGAGUGGGACUUGCGUCCUUGGCGGAGAUGGCUGCAUCAGCAGCAGCGGGUAUCCCUCCAGCAACUACCCGGACAACGAUGCAUGCACAAUCUCCGUAGAUUCGAGCAACACGCGGCUCAUCGACGUGGUCGCGUUCAGCACAGAGAACAACUAUGACAAGUUGUGGGUGAAUGGCAUCGCAUACGAUGGCACCAGCACUAGCGACGGGCCGGCGGGCAUUGUUCCCACACAGGAUAUCGUUUGGGAUUCCGACGGAUCGACCGCAAAAUCUGGCUGGAAAAUUUGCUUGGCGGAGGCGCGUUUUCGUGGCCCUGUGCACUCACUUUCCUUGCGAGGACCCAGGAUGGAGCGUCGCGAGUGGGCCAGGACUUGCGUCCUGGGCGGAGAUGGCUGCAUCAGCAGCAGUGGGUAUCCCUCCAGCAACUACCCGGACAACGAUGCAUGCACAAUUUCCAUAGAUUCGGGCAACACGCGGCUCAUCGACGUGGUCGCGUUCAGCACGGAGAACAACUAUGACAAGUUGUGGGUAAAUGGCAUCGCAUACGAUGGCACCAGCACUAGACGGAUCGACCACAAAAUCUGGCUGGAAAAUUUGCUUGGUGGAGGCUGCUACAAGCAGCACGGUGACAACGACGGCGACGUUGAUGUCGACGACGACACUGACGACACUGACGCCGACAACUACGGUGACUGUUGCAGAGGUGUCAGAGACGAUGACAAGCACAUUGACGGCAACCCGAAGUCUCACCACCACGCCGACCGCGCAGGCACCAGAGAUCCAGACUCUCGGCCAUGCGAAAUGGACGAGCAGGGCUGCAUCAGCAGCCCAAACUACCCAAGGGAUUACGACGAUAGCUACUGCGAGAUUUGGGUGGAACAGGACAACACUCGAGCCAUCAAUGUGAUUUUCUUCGACACCAGGUCCAAUCACUACUUGGUUGUCAACGGCGAGGACUACUCUGGUUCGGACGGCCCCCAGGGCAUCGUGCCCACUGGAGCGAUCGAAUGGGAAGUCGAGGGCAGCCGGUUCGAUCGCGGAUGGAAAAUCUGCCUGGAGGCACCAGCGAUCCAGGCGACGAGCACGUUGACGGCAACCCGAAGGCUCACGACCACGACGACUACGCAGGCCACCACUCAGGCACCGAUCCCGUGGACCAUCGACCAAGGGCCAUGCGAAAUGGACGAGCAGGGCUGCAUCAGCAGCCCAAACUACCCAAGGGAUUACGACGAUAGCUACUGCGAGAUUUGGGUGGAACAGGACAACACUCGAGCCAUCAAUGUGAUUUUCUUCGACACCAGGUCCAACCACUACUUGGUUGUCAACGGCGAGGACUACUCUGGUUCGGACGGCCCCCAGGGCAUCGUGCCCACUGGAGCGAUCGAAUGGGAAGUCGAGGGCAGCCGGUUCGAUCGCGGAUGGAAAAUCUGCCUGGAGGCAGGCACGAAGGAAUGGGAGCUCCUGAAAUGA